AUGUUGCCGCUCGACUGCGACAAACACGUGAAAGCAAAGCUUGAAACCAGAGGCGUUCGCUCCGCAGAAGAAGCUUUGAAAAAGAGCGAAUUAGAUGUGAUCGAAUUAAUCGACGUCUCGCUCGAAAAAGCGAGCAAAGCUUUGCGUCAGAUUGCAAAAGGAGCGUGUCCAGAACCAAUUAAUGCCUUCCAGAUGAAAGAAAAGAGCGCUGGACAGAAAGGGGGAAAUUUUAUUAAAACGGGCGUGAAAACGCUCGAUGAAGCGCUAUUGGGAGGAGUACCGGUUGGCACGAUUACAGAAUUUGUCGCUCCAGCGGGGAGCGGGAAAACGCAAAUGUGUUUAGGCUUGGUCGCGCAGACGUGUGCGCCGAAAAAUUUUGGCGGUUUAGACGCUUCCGUCGUGUUUGUCGAUACGGAACAGACAUUUAGCUCCAAUCGAUUAGCGGAAAUCGCAAAGAAGCGAUUUCCAGAAAUCUACGACAAAGACUAUUAUAAGGAUGGAAAUAAUAACGAUAGCGUUUCGAAUUUCGGAGGAAUGGAUAAAGAUGCGGAAAUGCGAUUGGAGAAGCUACUCGCGGAGAAGGUAUUCGUUGUCACCCCGCAGUCUCUUCAAGAACUUAAAGUCAGAAUUGAAAAUUUGAAACCAGCAUUGACACAGUCUGAUGCGAAGCUCAUCGUGAUUGAUUCUGUGGCUAGACUCGCGCGAGCAGAGGGUGGGAUCGGAGCCGGCUCGUCGAGCAGUGAAAGCCUGGUAAAACGACAAAAUAUUUUGAGCUCAAUCGCUGCGGCUUUGAAACGACACGCGGAACAACUCAAUGUCGCUGUCGUGGUUACGAAUCAAGUGACCACGAACACGAAUAUAAAUUCAAAUUAUCACAACAGCAACGACCCGGCGAAAGCUAAUAUGGUUUCACGAGAUAGUCAGGUCGCUGCUGCUUUAGGUACGAAGUGGGCCCACUGCGUCAAUGUGCGCAUAAGUAUGAGCGGCGCAAUCGACGGGAAAGCGGACGGGAAGAGGGAGAUGAGGGUAGUCAAAAGUCCACGAACGGCUCUGAGUCGAUUUUUGUAUCGCAUAACUGCAUCUGGGUGUGCAUCAAUUGACAUAGACUAG